AUGUCCGACAUGUUCGCUACUUACGUGAGUGAGUGUGGGAAUAAGCUGCAUACGCUGGAAACUAACAGAAUGCUGCUGAACAUGGAAUAUACUCACAGCUGGGUCAACCACAGCCUUAAUUUCGUGGACCCCAUCGCUGGAACCCACACGAACACUAUUGAGGGGCUGUGGGAGACCCGAAUCAAGAGGCACAUCAAGUCCAUGCGCGACAUGACUAAGAUGCGACUUGAAGAGUACCUGGAUGAGUAUAUGUGGCGAUCGUGGUUCUUCCCACCAAAAACAAGCGUGGCCAAGUACAUGGGAGGGCUCGUUGUUGCCAUUAUCAGAAACGAGUAA